AUGUCGCCACGUGUGCUUGGAUUCAUCGGUCUGGGUGUGAUGGGAUAUCCCAUGGCCUUGAAUCUUUUGAAGAAACUUGAGGAAGGAACAAAGCUGCAUGUUUAUGAUGUCUCCGAAGAGGCCCUUAGCAAACUCAAGAAUGAAUCUCCCGAACUUGUGUUGGUUUGUUCGAGUGCCCGUGAAGUUGCAGAGAAAUCGGACAUCCUUUUUACGAUUGUCCCGGAAGGAAGGCACGUAAGGGCCGUUUAUCUCGAAGAAAGAACAGGGGUGCUAUCCGCGGCAAUAGACGGGAAGAUUCUGGUCGACUGUUCCACGAUCGACACAAAGACCUCAAUCGAUGUUCACGGGGCUAUCCGUAAUAAGUCCGCAACGGCAUCCUUCUACGAUGCCCCUGUGUCUGGAGGGUCUCUGGGCGCGGCUGCUGGAAGUUUAACAUUCAUGCUCGGCUGCAAGGAGGAUGAUCCGAACCUGCCGCUACUAAAAGAAUUACUGGGAGCGAUGGGGUCGUCGAUAUUCCCCUGCGGCGGGUUCGCUCUCGGUCUGACGGCAAAACUAUGCAAUAAUUACUGCUCCGGCCUCAUUGCCAUUGCCACAGCUGAGGCCAUGAAUAUUGGUAUCAAGUGUGGGAUGAACCCAGUCCUCCUGUCCGGGAUAUUUGCGACUAGCACAGCCCAGAGCACGAUAAACGACAAGUGGAAUCCCGUACCGGGAGUCUGCCCGAACGCUCCGGCUAGCAAUGACUAUCAAGGAGGAUUCAAGGUACAGUUGAUGAAGAAAGACUUCAACCUUGCUGUUGAGAUGGCGAAAAGGGUUGGCGCUGAAUUGCGUCUUGGGGAUCCCGGCCUGUCCGUGUAUGAUGGAGCAAGUGUGGACGAAGCAUGUCGGAACAGAGAUUCCAGAGUCAUUUUUCGGUAUAUUGGAGGCAAUGAGGACUGGAAAGAUAGACUAGGAGGGUCGAAGUAG